UGAUCAUGUGAACGGUCAAAUGCACUUUAAAGUGGAUGUCACAUCUAUAGGCCAAGAUGACCUUUCCCCUGAGACGAUUCUGGGGGCAGCUGCCCUCAAUGGAGCUCCUGGAACCCCUUCAGAUGAUGAAGAUCUGCCCCAUCCUCUCCCUGUCUCAUCAGCAGGCCCUUCCCCCACCGGCUCCCUGGGGUCCCAUAGAAAUGGGGAAGGGAGCAGCAUUCCCUCCCCAGACACAGAGAUGUAUGGUACCAUCCUGGACGAUGAGGCCCCUUCUUCUCCUGACCCGCUCCAGGGUUCUUUCAGUGAGCAGCUUGAUGCCACUGAUGCCUCUAACGGCCUGGGAGAUAGACCUUUUGGGGCAGCUUCUCCCAAACUACGAUCCAGCUUUCCCACACAUACGCGCCUCAGCGCUAUGUUGCAUAUUGACUCAGAUGAAGAUGAGGAGAGGUCCGCUGCUACGGAGGCUACACCACCAACAUUUAAUGGUGCUUCAAGGACUCAAAACACAACCCCAAAACCACCAAUUACAGAACCUGUGUUUGCAAGAACGGUAGAGGAACCUCCAGAAGAGGCUGACCUGGAGUCUGAAAUAGAGACUCUGAAUAUAGGAACAGAGGUGGCUCCUGAGCCAGAGGUCAUGCCGAGUUCAGUGGCCCCUGAG